UCCAGCAUCAACUCUGUUGUCCCCUCAGGCGUGUGCAUAUAUCUCCAUAUCCACACAUAAAUACAUGAAAAAUAUUUAUGUUGUAUAUAUCUGUAAUAGUGACUCCUUAACGUUCGCCAUUUUUUCCCUUUCUCGCUGAAUUCUGAAGGUCACCCGUCUCUUUGUACAGAGGUUGAGAUUCUGCAGAGGAACUGAAUUCGAUCUCGAUUUAGGGUCUGUGAUGAUGGAAUCGAACUUCUCUGCUGUGCUCAGUGUGGUAAAGGGUUUUCUUGAUCAUUAUGAUGGGAACAUGUUGCCAAAUCCGAUUCCCGAUCCAUUUCCAGAUGUCGGGUUCGGUGUUCCUUCAUCAUCUGAUUUCAAUCGACCCCAUAAUUUCGACACCGAUCUUCCCUCGGAUUGGACACAAACGCAAGAUCAGUAUUCUCCAUCAUCGGGCGAUGAAGACUUGGCGAAUCCCCUUCUGAAUUACGUGAGCCAGAUCCUUAUGGAAGAGAGUAUUGAGGAUCAACCGUCUAUGUUCUAUGAUUCCUUGGCCUUGCAACGAACAGAGGAGAUGCUUCAGCGAGUGAUCCGUGAUUCUUCUCAAGUUCAAUCCGCUAGUCCCUACAAUAGCAUCGCUUCUAUGGAUAGUGGUGUAUUAUGGAUCGAUAACUUAGAUUCUAGUGUUGCAAGUGUUAGCUUUGAUUCGGGUGCUUCUUCUGAUACUGUUGUUGUCACAGAUCCUCCUGGUGUUUCUUCUGGGUUCAAUCCCAAUGUGGCUUUGCCGGGAUCGAACAGGUUGACUGGAUCGAGUGAUGGGUCGAUCGGGCCAUCGGUGAACGAGCUUCUGGUUAGGAGUAUGUUCAGUGAUGUGGAAUCGAUUAUGCAGUUCAAGAAAGGGUUAGAAGAAGCUAAGAAGUUUCUUCCCAAUAGUGACCAGUUGAUUAUUCAUCAGGAGACCGAGAAAAGUUUUCCUGAUUGGGAUGAGGAAGCGGACCCUGGAAUGGUUCGGGUUAAGGUGGAGACGGGUUUAGAUUCGCCACCCGAUCCCUUGAGAGUUAGGAAGAAUCGAGAGGGGAACGAAUUGGAUCUCGAGGAAAGUAGGAGCCGUAAGCAGUCCGCUACAAAUGUGGAAGACGAGAACGUAACUGAAAUGUUCGAUAAGGUUUUGCUUCUCGAUGCGAAAUUGGAUCCACAAACCAUCAUCGAGAGUGGAAAGACUGCAGAUGGCUCCUCGGGUCAGGGGAAAGCUCAGGCUAAGAAAGAAGGACGGAAGAAGAAGAGGAACGAGACGGUAGAUUUCCACACGCGUCUUCUUCUAUGUGCACAAGCCAUUUCCACGGGUGAUAAAGGGACGGCUCAUGACUUGCUCAGGCAAAUAAAGCAGCAUUCCUCGCCUCUUGGGGAUGCAUCACAGAGACUCGCUCAUUGCUUUGCCAAUGGGCUCGAGGCUCGGCUCAAGGGAAGCACCGGCCCUGUGAUCCAAUCAUACUACGAUUCAUUGGCCUCGAAGAAAACGACAGCUGCUGAUAUACUCAAAGCUUACAAAGUUUAUCUUUCGGCGUGUCCGUUCAAGACUUUGAUCUACUUCUUCUCCAACAAAAUGAUUGUAGACAUUGCCAAAGAUGCGCCUGUCCUUCAUAUAGUCGAUUUCGGGAUUCUUUAUGGUUUCCAGUGGCCGAUGUUCAUCCAGUACAUAGCCAACAGAAAAUGCGGGCCAUCGAAGCUGCGUAUCACCGGUAUCGAACUUCCCCAACCCGGGUUUCGCCCGGCGGAAAGAAUACACGAGACGGGCCGGAGAUUGGCGGAAUACUGUGACCGGUUCGGGGUUCCAUUCGAGUAUAACGCAAUUGCAUCAAACAACUGGGAUACCAUCCGAAUCGAGGACCUCAAGCUUCGACCAGACGAGGUUCUUGCUGUCAACUGCGGGAUGCGUUUCAAGAACCUUCAAGACGAGACAGCGGGAGAGGAUAACUGCCCGAGGGAUGUUGUCCUGAGGCUGAUCCGGAGCAUGAACCCAUACAUUUUCACCCACUCGAUCAUAAACGGCUCGUUCAACGCCCCGUUCUUCACCACGAGGUUCAAAGAAACACUCUUCCACUACUCUGCGCUGUUUGACAUGUUCGAUUCGACGCUGCCCCGAGAAAGUAGAGAGAGGUUGAGGUUCGAGAGGGAGUUCUACGGGAGAGAGGCGAUGAACGUGAUAGCGUGCGAGGGGGCGGAGCGUGUGGAGAGGCCGGAGACGUACAAGCAAUGGCAGGUGAGGAUGGGGAGGGCAGGGUUCCGACAAAAGCCGGUGGAAACUAAGAUGGUGGAAUGUUUCAGAGGGAAGUUAAAGAGAUGGGGUUACCAUAAGGACUUCGUGGUUGAUGAAGGCAACAACUGGUUCCUGCAAGGUUGGAAGGGUCGAAUCCUUUAUGCUUCUUCUUGUUGGGUUCCUGCUUAGAUUGUUCUACUCGUUAAUGUUCAAUGUUAAUCACGAGUUUUGUAGAAGCUAAUCAGUUUUAAUUGAUUUGUGUUGAUUAAUUA